AUGAUACCAUUCUCUAAUCACUAAUCCACCAUUUUUGUGUGGAAUGUUUUGUUUCGUAACGUACCAAUUUAAUAUAGUGUAGAAUUUGGUGCUCCCCACUUCAUAUUUCUCACCAUUUUGGUACACACGUUUUUAUAUUUUGUACCAAUAUGGUGCAGCAAUGGAAAUACAAUGGAGAUUCUAAACCAAGGCUAGACUAGGGCUUUGGUCUGUUUGGUAGUCGAGAAAAAGAAAGUGAAAAUAGAAGAGAAAGUUUUCCCUUUCUUUGAGCAACUCUCGUUAUCCAAAUUUUGUUUUCAUCAGCAGGUUUGGGUUGCAAAACCUAGCAAUGGCAGCAGCUACCUACCCGCCACCACCGCCAUAUUACCGUCUCUAUAAAGAUUAUCUUCAAGACCCCAAAUCGGCUCCGCCUCCUCCUCCGCCAGUAGAAGGAACUUACGUCUGUUUUGGGAGCUCCUACACCACUGAUGACGUGCUUCCAAGUUUGGAAGAGCAGGGUGUGCGGCAGUUAUACCCAAAAGGACCAAAUAUUGAUUUUAAGAAGGAAUUGAGGUCACUUAACAGAGAUUUGCUGCUCCACAUUUUGGAACUCGCCGAUGUUCUUGUGUCUCGACCAUCACAGUAUGCAAGGAGAGUUGAGGAUAUAUCUCUUAUAUUCAAAAACUUGCAUCAUCUCCUCAAUUCAUUGCGGCCUCACCAGGCUAGAGCAACACUCGUUCACAUUCUAGAACUUCAGAUACAACGUCGAAAACAAGCUGUAGAGGAUAUUAAACGGAGGAGAGAAGAAGCACAGAAACUUCUCAAGGAGUCCCUAGGAGCAUUCGAAGCACACUAACUAACAGAUGAACUAUGCUCUUAUGGCAAAUUUGUUUACUUCCAUUGUUGUUCUGCUGACUUAAUUGAACCUUCUUCUAGUAUUAGGUGCGGUUGUUACAUAUCAAUAUUUUAUGCAUUAGAAUUAGAUGUCUUUCUUCUCUUCUCUUCUUUUUUUUUUUCUUUCUAUCCUCUGUUUUAGAAAGUCGAGGGUUCCUUGUAUAUCAGUAUAUAUACUCUUCCCUGUUUCCUUUUAAACAAGUUCAAAGUUAAGAAAUGAUAUAGCAUGUCGGUUAACCCUA